AUGGAGGAAGAUGGUUUUGAAACAGUCCGGUCACUAUCUCCCAAAUCUUACCUAUAUACGUCAAUUGCACUGACCCAUUUAGGUGAAGUUGCAUCAAAGAUCAUCUCAACGCUAAUUUCCCAUGGCCGUCAAACUGUCAAGGAAUUGAGUCAACGCACUCAACUUACUUUGAAAUCAGUUAAAUCGGCAUUGGUGUCUUUGAUUCAACUCAGCUGCGUGUUCUUUUGGCAAGAGGAGAAGGAUAAAUCAACAUAUUACUCGUUGAAUGAAUUGGGGUUGAAAAUAUUGAUCAACAGUGGGGAUAUAUUGAACCACAUCACCCAAGAGUACGGCGAAGAGGAGGCUGAAGCUGUACAGAAUGUAAUGGAGUUGGGUCAUAUCAAAUUGGAAGAGUAUCUCAAACAAUAUGAUCUAGAUAAGUCACAACGCUCAAUUAAAGAAAAGAUUAUCCUCAAAUUAUUCAAUGAUGGAUGGUUAAGAGUACUUCGCAUUUACGACUAUCACGACAUGAAUGAUGUGUGGAACCAAAUUUUUAAUGAUACAAUGAAGAAGACCCCAAGAUCGGCUACAACUUCAGAAAUUAAACGUGUUGCUGAAAUAACUGCAAACUCCAAAGAAAAACUAUUACAAUUAACAGCACCUCAACUGGCUGAUGAAUUGUACAUCCACGAGCACGGGUUAAAGAAAUUGAAUCCGGAAUUGGUACUAUCUUUCAAUUUGACAAGAUUUGAAAAACACUCGCGCACAAGAGCAUUCACAAAUUUAGCCAAAUCAAGAAUCGGCAUACUCACAUCAAAGAUUUUCGAAGCUGGAUUAAAGUCAAUUGAAAACAAUACCCCCGAUUUGACGCACCCGUUCCUUGAAAUUGAUGGGUUAUUGAGCGGUCCAGGCGAUGUUGAUGAUUUUAGAAAUAACCAAGAAAGUGGAUUAGUAGCGGAAAGAAAAAUCAUCUUUACCGCAAAGGAUAUAUUGCGAUAUCUACCCAAAGUUUUGGACCUACGCGAUUCUGUUAUUUCUGAUACUCUGGGGAUCAGCGUGAAACGAGAACACCAUGAAGAGGAGGACAAAGACAGUGGUGAACCCACAAAGCGAAUGAAACUAGAGAAUGGUCACAGCUUAACCACCUCUUCAACAUUCAACUCCGCCUCCCACGUUGGUAACGUUGACGUUGACAUCGACGACGACUCGAAAUUAGCAGCUAUUCAACAGCAUUUGCAACUUUUAGCAUCAGGAACCAACACCAAGUUUGUUGUCGAAGUAUCACCAGGUCGUUACACUGUAUCAUUCCACCACCUUUCUCAAGUAGUCAAACAGUUCAACUACGAAGCCCUAAUCAAGGCCACCAUGAAAGACGAAGCUUUUCGAGUACUUCGAUGCAUCAAGCAAUUGAGAUUAGCUGACGAGAAGGCAAUCGCACAGGGAGUCUUGCUUAAGGAGAAAACAGUACGAAACCAAGUUUACCAACUAGUCAAGGCCAAUGUUGUUGAAAUUCAAGAAGUACCCCGUAGCGCUGACCGCGCUGCAUCAAAGACGUUUUACUUGUUUAGAUACAAACAACAACCGAGUUACGACCAAUUGGUCAACAGUUUGAUCUUUGAUAUGGGAGAGGUGGUCAACAUAAUCAAUACAUUUGAGCAAGAAAAUGCAAUUCUUUUGGAGAAAUGCCAGCGUGUUGACGUUCAAGGACACGAAGAGGAAUACUUGAUUGAGUCGGAGUUGAAAACAUUGCAUAGCUUGCAAAACAGGAAAAUCAAAAACAUGGUGAGAUUCAAUAGAAUCAAGUCCUUGUGGGAUAUCUACAACUUGUGA